AUGGAGCUGACCGAAGAUGAUGCGUAUAACUGGUAUAGAUAUGUCCAAGAUGGCGUGCGUGGCGGACUAAAAAACAUGAAAACUUCAUGGGACUCCCGAAGCGCACUGUCACUUGUAUUGACAGCUCUUUCCCUGUCUUCAGCGCAGCAGGGGAGUAACAUCGUGGAUUUGAUAGGGCAGGGAAUAGGAAGGGAGGUGUCUGCUGCUAAGCAUCCAAUUGAAGAAUCGCUCGUAUAUGUUGGCUCUUCACAAUGUAAGCAUGUCAAAAGGCUGGUUGGAGUUUCAUAUGAACAGUUGACAGGAGAAAAGGAACCGGACCUUAACAAGCUAGCUCUGUUUUAUAAUAGUCGAUUUAAAACAGCGACAAUAAAUAUAACAGACGCUGCUGGCUGGUUAGUGCAAAGUCGUAAUAGCGAGCCUGACAAGAGACUGAUUAUCUUCUCGCAUGGCUUCACCGACAAACCGCAGGGUGACAACUUCUUUAACAUCAGCAGAUCUUUCCUUCAGAGCCAUGAAAUCAGUAUUCUGGCGUUAGAUGGGAGUCCAUUAAUUCGAUGGCUGUAUCUUCGAUCGUCAACAUAUGUCCGGUUUAUUGGUCAGAAGCUUGCUGAAGUUUUAGCAGCAUUGGUUGAACAUGGUCAAGAUCCCUCUCUAAUCCACUUAAUCGGGCACAGCCUCGGUUCCCACAUAUCAGGCUUCGCUGGAAAGACCUUUGAAAAAAUAACAGGAAAAAAGAUCGGCCGGAUAUCUGGUUUGGAUCCGGCUGGACCUUGCUUUAGCCACGUCGACCCGGAAGUCAGAUUGAAAAGCACAGAUGCUGAUUUCGUUGACGUCAUUCAUACUGAUUCUGGUGUGUUUGGGAUAAAGGAACCGUUAGGUCAUGUAGACUUCUUCCCAAACCAAGGACUAACGCAACCAAACUGCGUACUUCAAUCUUGCUCUCAUUCUCGCUGUGUGCCCUUGUAUGGAGAAUCCAUAAUAAAUCCUGAGGCAUUUCCAGCUGUCAAAUGUAAAGAUUGGGACGCGUUUAAGAAAGGGGAAUGCGAAACAGAAGUCGUUUACAUGGGUUAUCCAACGAAGCCUGGCACCAAAGGUUUAUAUUUUCUUCGAACCAAAGGAGAGUCUCCUUUCGGAUUAGGAAUGGAGGGAACGCGUUACGUUAACAAUGAGGGCAUUGUCAAGAAUUUGGGCAAUUUAUUUGGAUGA